AUGGACCCUCAGUAUGCUACCGUUGACCAGUUAGCUGAGAUUACUGAUACCAUGGCAUCACUUAGGGACGCUAUCUUGGGACUGGGUCAGAGGAUUGAUGGGCACCAGGCCCAGCCAUUGCCGAUUCCAGGGAGCACCUUGCAUGACUCUACUACACCACCGCCACCACCACCACCAUCUGGGCCAUCUGGACCAUCUGGACCUACUAUACUGCAGGACUACAUAGUUCCACCACCACCACCACCACCACCACCGGUUCAGUCAGCUCCCCAGGCUGGAGCAUUUGUGUUGCAUGGUCAGGCUGAGACUACGCCGCAUUCUGUUGUAGCACCGGCACAGAUUGUUGAUGAUACCCAGGCUCGGAUUGACAGGAUUGAGCAGAGGAUGAGAUCACUACAUGUUUUUGAUGGGAUGAUGAGGUGGGAUGGAUAUAAUGAUCUGCCAGUAGCAGCUUUGCCUGUUGAGUUCCGCAUGCCGGACAUUGAGAGAUACACGGGGAUAGGGUGCCCCCGUAUUCACUUGCAGCUAUACAGCACUGUUAUGCGCGGGCAUAGACUGGAUGAGGCACAAAUGAUUAUGUUAUUCCCUCUAUCAUUGAGUGGUGCUGCUCAGCGUUGGUUUGCCUCAUUGGACCCUUCGAGACGUAGGACAUGGGCUGAUUUGGGACAGGAGUUUAUUAGACAGUAUUCUUUCAAUACUAUAGUGGAUGUAUCCCGAAGAGAGUUAGAGGCCCUCAGACAGGGGCCGAAUGAGUCAGUCACUUCAUUCAUUUCCCGUUGGAGGGAGAAGAUAGCACAGAUUAUUGAUAGACCUUUAGAGCGCGAUCAGAUCAGUAUGAUUAUGCGUAGCCUUCAGCCCCGCUUUGCUAGGCAUAUCAUGGGCUUCCCUCAGACAGACUUUGGCUCGUUAGUACAGGCCCUCUAUGGUAUUGAGGAGGGUAUAUCUAGAGGUUUAUGGGCAGAUUCUUCCCCUUCAGACUCAAAGGGGAAAAAGUCGGGAUCAGGCCCCAGGCCCUCAGAUGUUGGUACUAUUGGCAUGACAGGACACCGGUCUUCACGUCGUCCUCCGUUUCAGAGUCAAUUUUUUGGCACUCCUUAUCAGAUGAUACAACAUGAUCAGUACAGACCAGUUGCUCCCAUUAGGCCAGUAGGGCUUACUUAUCUACAUCCGCCACCACAGCCGGUAUAUGCUACACAGGCACCCCAGAGGCCGCCUAUGCAGUUCCAUCAUCAGUAUAGAGCACCGCCUCCACCGAGGCCAGUUAGACAGUUCACACAGCUUGGGAUGCCACUGAGCCGAGCUUUUCAGAGAUUGGUUGAGGGGGGACUGAUUGCCCCACUACCGCCUAGACCACCACUACAGCCUACCCCCCCAGGAUUCAGGACAGAUCUUCACUGUGCUUACCAUCAGAGAGCAGGCCAUGAUACAGACAGUUGUUCAGCAUUGAGACAUGCCAUUCAGGAUUUGAUAGAUCAGGGCUUGGUUGAUUUAGGGUGCCCGGGUGUGGCCACAGACCCGCUACCUACUCAUGACACUAGAGCAGUACCUCCACCCCCGGAAGGGGUACAUUUGAUUGAGUUUGCAGGGGAUGGAUAUUUAUGA